GUACGCAGAGCUAAUUGUUUAGCAUUUAAGCAGUUAAUCCAGAGAAGCCUACAUUAGCAAAUUGUAGGUUUUGCUUGUGUGCACAAUCAGUAGAUAGUUCGAAACGGUGCCAGUCUUCACUCGCUGCUCCAUUAUGACAGAAUUUUCCGGGCGCACGGUAUUACUGCUCUGUAUGCUGUUAUAUUCAUUACCCAACCAUACCUGCAGGUUUAGUCGAAAAUAUCUGCCAUUGAGCAGACGCAUAAUAGAAAAUGUAACUCUCUGCAACUACAAAGACAAGUUCACCGAAAUCGAUCUGCAUAAUGAACCGAACGUGGAAUUCAAAAACUCCCGUUUUCCCUUCUUCGGAGAGGAAAUCAUCCAUUCGAUGAACUACACAACGAAAAGCCUCACAUUUCGCCGAGGUUCCGUGAGGGAAAUUUUGAUUUCGUCACCAGUACUGGAAGUGCUCCAGGUGAUCAACACGGACCUCGUCACGUUGAAUGCGGUGCCGUUUUUGAACUACAGUUUGCGGCAACUCACCAUUCGUUCGUCGGAAUUCUCCCGGUGGUUUCCGAGUUUGACGUUUCUGAGAAGAUUAGAAGAAAUCGAUAUCGCAUACUGUAACUUUUCCUAUCUCAACAUGGACUGGUUCGAGCCGUUACCGAAGCUGAGGGUUUUGGAUGUCGCCAAAAAUAAAUUGACUACGCUGGACAUCGGUCCAACCCUGAGCAUGGGAGCGUUGAAAAAGUUACACCUUUGGGGAAAUCGAUUGGAACGGCUACAAAGGUUUCCGGACGCUUUUCCAAUGGUCGAGAGAGUUACCCUGUCGCAGAAUCGGUGGCAUUGUGACUGGUUGUCUAAAGCUCGCGACGCGAUCUUAUCCAUGCGGGUGGUGUUGAUGGAUAUGGACGAUGGUUGUCAGGCUGGAUGGUUCAACAACGGUGGACUGUGCUGUAGGUUUAGAAUGAUAUCGUUAACGAUGGUUUCGUCGCAGCAAGAGGCAGUAACUCUGGAUAUUUUGGUACCGGAUCAAGUUGAAGCGUUGAAACACGCAGCCAUUUUCAAUGAAUCGUUGAUUGGAAUGCAAAUGGGUAAUGCAGCUGCUUUCUUGGAUAUGCCACUAGUGGAGUGA